AUGACGUUCUAAAUAUGGAGACGCUUUUGGUGUCAUUCAGUGAGAGAUGGAUGUCAACUGGCCACGGUUCAAUGCCAACAUGGUGAUGAUCAGUGGUGUUCAGAGGCGCGGCCAACUUUUCAGGUGCAAAGCUAAUAGUAAAGGGAGCACACGUUUUGGGGAGGCAGCUAAAGAGACGCUGGCAGAGAAGCUCUCCACGUUGGUGUAGGGGAAUUUACGCGGUCCCUGCUUCUCUUUUCGGAAUAACCAAGACGAAUCUUUACUUCCAGUGCGGAAAAGGCCUUCUAUCCGGCUUGUCUGCAAUCGAUACGGAGCUGCAAGAGAAGCAGUUGAGCUUUCAUUUGCUCUGAAUUAUGUCUGCUGCGGUGGUGCCAGCAUUGGCAGAGGUGGUAGGAUGCUCGCUGGGUGUCUCGGCCAGUUCAAAGGAAACCCAAUCUUUGCAAAACUCCCUGAGCCAUAGUGGAAAACAGAAUCCGCUGAAAUUGUCAAGGCAACGCUGCAACUUGUGCUGUAAACCAUCAGCAUUGGACAUCGCUCAGGAUGCCGGCAGUCAAGGUGAACGGCGAAGAACCUCUCUCCAAGCGUCAGAAAGUGGGGCUGAAAAGGUGGCCGCUGCAGAGGAGUGGACGGACCCUUGGUUGGAGCGGUUGCCACCAGACACCUCCCCGAUCUACUCGCACAGUCUCCUAUGCAUAGAAGCCUGGUUGCGAAAGCUUGGGUUUGUGCAAGUUUUGGACGACCCCGCGUGGUGGACGAUCAUGCGGGACGAUUGGCAUGCCGAGCUGCGGUUAGAUGUUGUGGACAUAUCAGUCACGUAUUUGAAAGCAGGUCCGGGGAAGCUACCGCGGGAUAUUGAGAAGAGGUGGAGCUAUGGUUUGAGUAGGAGGGACUUUGAAGCUGCUAUUAUGGCUGGGCCUUGAUCCGCUCAUCACAGGUGUUUCGAGUUGGUGUAGGGGUCGCUGAUAAACAUAGCCGUCCGUUCAUUGUUCAUAAGCUGACGACGAAAAUUGUCCACUGGAAUUUGGGUUGAUAUGUACACUGUAGGCCACAGCCGCCAAAUUGUGGACCAAUUGCAGUCAUCCGUGUCGCAUGUUUCUGUCCUUGACACGGCUUCGUUCGACAUGACGUAUCUUCCAGGCGGGCUUGAAUCUAUCUGCAAACCAUAGGCCCGUUUUCGAGUGCAUGGCAGCUAGCUCGUAUUGAUCUUGUUGGUCGGU